AUGGCUUCUACGGAGGCGCCUCCUCGGCCUCACGACCGACAUGGCCGCCGACGACCGUUCACCACCUGGAUGCGCCGACUUGCCAGUCUCAAGACGCUGCAUACCGACUCGACCGCCGAGAGUGGCCCAAGUACACGGCGCUACGCGACCCUCCCCAUGACCAUCAAGUCCAAGAAGGGCAACAUCGCGAAAAACAAUCCCUACCCUCUCUCCUCGCGCCUCAGCGAGCCUCACAGUCACAGUAAUACCACAAAUGGCCACCUGUCGUUCUCCACGCACAUGGCCACCUCCCAACGAUCGAGACACAGCUCCCUGUCCCACUCUCAGAGCAAACACUCAGUGUCCAUCUCCCACGACAGCCAGACCGGCGGCAACAAAUCCAGAGCGCCUACCUUGGCCACACAAGCAGAGACGGCCCUGUCAGAUGCAGCCCCGUCAGGAGUAGGGACAAGUGCGACGGUAGCUACAAAGACCGAUGGCGGCAGAGACAGCACAUUUUCUUCCCCUGCGCCGUCGAUCCGGUCCAUGGCCACAACCCUGACCACGGUGCAAUCGAUUGCCGCUCCGUCGCAGCACCACAACAACAACAACAAUAACAACUACAACAAUCCCGGUGGGACUCCCAUGCUCACCCAUAGCUCGACUGCGACAAGCAAUCCCGUUUACUACGGUGGACAACCCGCAACGGCCGUCCCAGCGCAUCUUGCUCCCCACACGCAUCCGACAACCUACCACUCCGCCAUAGCCAAUAAUGUCCUGACAGACGACGCCUCUAUCCUCACACUGGCAUCUUCAUCGAAACGCCGACGAAGGAAUUCGGUCGACACCAAUGCGUCUAUAAAAGCACUCGCCCCGGCAUCCAUGUUCGGGGGCAGUCGCGAGUCUCUUCCUUUGUCUGUGCUCUCCGGCACGGUCAUUCACCCUACAUCUGCCGCGACGGACACGGCGUCUCUGCGUGGAGAUACGGCGCACACGACGCGUUCAAAUUUGAACGCCGAACGCUCCAGUCUGAUCUCGGCCAGUGGAGUGACCGCCCCGGCGCUGGCGAGCGAGCGGAAUAGCUACAUUGGGAGCAAAUACGGCGGCGACAAUGCGAGUGUGAGGAGCAAUCUCCUGGGCGCCGGUGCGAGUCAUGGGCGAAAUGACAGUCUGAGCGGGAGCAUUGGUGGUUACCGAGAGAAGGAGCGCGAGAAAGAAAAGGACAAGGAGAGGGAUCGAGGCAUGGAGAAGGUCGGCGAAUCCGAGAAUGAGAACGGCAACAUACCCGGAAUGUUCACUGCCCCAACGAGUCCCCUGGCUGAUGAGCAGCGCGAUGGCCUGGGUGGAACCGUGUAUACAAGUGCUUCUGCACUGGAAGAAGCAACAGCAGCUUUGGAGAAGGACCAGGACCAGGACCAGGACAAGACGACGACAUCGCCCCCGGGCGAGAAAUGA